GGGAGAAGAAGAGCCCGACCCCACAAACGACUGAAUACGCUGCAGCAAUUCUACCUUCUGCUGCAGCAAACCUCCAGAAGCAAAACCCACAGGCACUAACAAGCCGAAGACAAGUGCAGCAGCGCUUCAUUGAGGAGGCACUGCUGGCUUAUAGGGGCCAUGCGGCGGCCUUAGCAAUGGCGGCUGUCUCUUCGGGCGCUGCUGCUCCCACUGCAGAGGCUGCUGCUGCCUUCUCCAGGGGACAGCUGAGCCACGAACUGCAGCAAUGUGCAGCCGCACCAACAAUCAACCAGCAACCGCAGCAGCAGCAGCAGCAGCAGCCGCAGCAGCAACAGCCGCAGCCGCAACAGCAGCAACAGCAGCAGCAGCAGCAGCUGUUGUUGCUGCAGCAAUUCCCACCACCUCUCCAGCAGCCGAGCCCACAGCCGAGCCCGCAGCCCCAGCAGCUACCCCUGCAGCAGCAGAAGCAUACUGAAAAUAUCUCAGGAGACACCUCGUUGCUGCUGUCUGCCCCCAACUCCACACCUAAGUGGCUCUGGCCUGCAGUCGAUGUUAAGGUGUCUUCACCGCAGCCUUGGCUCUCCUUGGGGGCCCCCAACGUCCUUGAAAGCCCGGCGGCAGCAGGAGCAGCAGCAGCAGGAGGAGCAGCAGGAGCAACAGCAGGAGCAGGAACAGGAACGCCUCCUGGUGCAGCAACAGCAGCAGCAGCAGCUGCUGCUGCUGCUGCUGCUGCGGCUGCUGCAGCCUUUGAGGGGAGCAGCAGAGGCUUGGCUGCUCCUUUUCACGGCCUGCCCGCCCUAACCUCCGACGCUGUCUUUAAUUCGCAUGCACCGCUGGGUCUGCGCGCAGCAGCAGCAGCAGACAAAAGCCCCGUAGUGCAGACAGAGCCUUCCGUCUGCUCUGCUGCUGCUGCUGCUGUGCGCGGCGCCUCUUCACCUCUCAAGGCAUUCCCUCAGAGCCAAGAAACAACAGGAGGGCUCUUGGCUACCUGCUGCGUAGAGCAGGGGCCCCCAGGUCUUGAAAUAGGAGAUAAUCAGCAGCAGCAGCAGCAGCAGAAGCACCACAUGCAGCAACAGAUGCCUAGGGAGCAGCAUAUAUUCACCCACAGCCCGCCUCAGCUGCCCCUGGGCCAACAACAGAAACAAAGACAACCGCUGCAGCAAUUGCAGCAACUGCAGCAACCGCAGCAACUGCAACAACUGCAGCAACUGCAGCAACUGCAACAACUGCAGCGGCAGCAGGUUUCAACUCCGCACAUAAAUCAGCCGCAACUGCAGCAGCAGUUGCUGCAUCUGCAUCUGCAGCAGCAGUUGCAGCAGCAGCUGCAGUUGCAGCAACAGCUGCAGCAGCAGCUUCAUCUGCAGCAGCAGCAUCAGCAGCAGCACUCUAGCGAGCAACACGCGGUGCAGAGGAGCCUUCGGCUGCAGCAGCUGGAGCACGGCCUGCUGCCAGAAGAGCAAGGACCUCUUUCCUCUAAAGCCCCUCUGCACCCUGAGGCAUCGCUUCAAGGUUGCUGCAGCUGCUUAAACAAAUGGGGGGGCCUCAUUGGGGAGCAACCGAGAGGAGGGGAGACAGCAGCAACCCUCGCAGCAGGAACUGCUGCCCCUGCCACUGCAACAGCAGCAGCAGCAGCAGUAAACGGCGCAACAGGGUUUGGCUCGUCUCCUCACGGGGCUUUCAAGCCAGCAGCAACACCAGCAGCAGCAACGGCAGCAGCAGCAGCAGCAGGAGAGCCCUCUACGUCGACGGCAGACUGCUGCGGGCUCGACAGCAGGAGACUGGGGGUUGAAGGAGCAAAGAAAUUUUUAGAUAUUUCGCUUACACCGCUGGAGAUGUGGCAGGCGAGACAAGUUUUAAACCAAAGAGAGUCUCGGCCUCUUCGCCUUACACGCCUGGAGAUGGUAGAAGCUUAUGCGAAGUCCACUUUGUGUUUGUCUUGCGACUCCAUGGAGCACAAAAUCACCAACUGUCCCUUUGGGGAGUUUGUCUGCCCCAACUGCCACCGCUCCUCGCACAGAGGGGAGCACUGUCCCCUGCCCUGCAGAUUUUGCUUCGAACGGCAUGCAGGAAUUUCAGUCAAUGAAUGUAUUCGGCGUACAGUGCGGCAGCCUUUAGAGCGUCUCUUAGGAGUAAAGAUGCCUCUGGACCCGUCUUUAAGUAGGAGACAGAAGCAGCAAGAAGGAGGAGGAGGAGGCAAGGAAGAUGAAGCAGCAGACCCCACACGCUUGGCUUGUGUGCGAGCAGACCGCCCUAAUACCCCACAUGGGAGGAGCGUAUAUGUUAGCAAUAUGCUGCCGGGGACGAGUAAGGAGACACUUCGUUCAGCAAUAAACUUCUUGCUGAAGCACGGGGAAGUGGUGGGGGUAGAAAUGCGAGAAAGAACGAAUUAUCUUCCUUAUGCCUUUGUGGAGCUGUCUUCUCUUCAAGCUGCUUACGAACUUGUUCAAUAUAAAAGAGCUGCAUUAGUUAUAGGAGAACAAGAGCUGAAGGUACAGUUCAAGAAGAUAGGCCUUGCAUGCCCCCCUCCCCCUCCUCGUAGCGGUUCUGCUGUCUAUGGAGCAGCAGAAGAAGAAGAUAAUGUUAAUGCUUCAAGGUCUACUGUCUCUCUUAUGAAGCCCUUCAUACCCACAGGACAAACAGUUAAAGAUGUCUGCCGCCUCGUUGCUCGCAAACUUUCUCGUGACUUCGGUAUACCAAUGCCCCCUCCCCCUCCUCUUUAUGCAGCUGCAGAUACACCUGAGGUCUUAGCCUUGCUAACUCAAGGAAAUGCAACAGCAGCAGCAGCAGCAGCAGGGGGAGCAACAGGAGGGGCAGCUGCAUGCGAGGCAGCUUCUAUCAAACCAACGGCUCCAGCGCUGCAGCGUGAAGCUUUGCAUACAAGUGCGGAGACAGACAGCAGCAGACAGCAGCAACUAUCAACGCCAACUGUCUCCUUUUCAGCGCUGCAGACACAGGCACGAGAACAAGAAUCCCCCAACAUAUGGAACAGAGACAUCAGGGGAAUCAGAGAGACAGUAAUGAAGCCGCUGCAGCAGCAAACAACCCCACACAGUACUGCAGCAGCACCCGCAAAUCUACACACACACCAACACUCGCUCGAUCCCCUGCACCUGCACCACCACCACCAGCAGCAACAGCAACAGCAGCAGCAGCAGCUGCAGCUGCAGCAGCAGCUGCCUUGCCUGAUGCCAGUUCACAGCCCCAUGGAUAUACUAAUUAAUUCCUCUCAGGGAGGCGGAGUGAUCGGCGUUGAAGGCAUAGGAGAGACAAACGGAGAGUUGCAGCAGCGCAGCAGCAGCUUUCUAGACCUCCGGGGUGAGGGGCCCCACAGUGGAGGGGGGCCCCCGAGCCUCCAGAUGCUACAGCAGCAAACAAACGGAGGGUUUGGCGUUGGAGGGGGGCCGCAAGACAGCGGCGAAAGAAUAGAAGGAGGCAGCGGCUCCCUCUUCGCUCUGCAGACACUGGGGGCGCAUGCAGCGGGGUGUACAGACAGCUCAAGGGGCAGCAAAGGGGACCCUGAAUCUCUUGAGGGGCCCGAAGGCAGUGGACAGAGGGAGACACCUGAGGAGACACCUGAGGAGACACCUGAGGAGACACCUCCGCCCCCCUUCGACCCCCCAAUCGAAGCAAACAGAACUAACCUAAUGAAACUAGAGAGCAGCCUCUCCUCCCUGGGCCCCCCUCCUCUGCUGAGCAGCAGCAACACAGACCUGGGGCCUUCUCUGUUAGGUGUCUCCGCGUACAUGGGAAAGGCAGCAGGAGCAGCAGGAGCAGCAGGAGCAGGCGGAGGAGGCGAUGCUGCUGCUGCUGCUCUGCAGGAGCCUUGGGCUGGACUAGUUAGUUUGCAAGGGGCAGAUAGCUGCAGCACGCCACUGCGGGGGCAGCAAGGAGACAGCAGCAGCACCCUCUCGGGUACCCCUGCUACGUCUCUGUCAGGUAGUUUAGGCUGCGAUUCGCUGCCGUCUCCUUCUGCCUCCAACAGCAUCAAUGGCCCCCCUCAGCCUAAGGAGAUAGAUGAAUCCCAACACCCAGAUACAGAUGCAGCAGCAGCAGCAACAGCAGCAGCAGCAACAGCAACAGCAGCAGCAGCAGCAGCAGCAUUAGGUAGGGGACCCCAGAGAGAUAUGCACCAGAUCCUGACUGGGGGGCCCUUCAGCAGCUCUUUAAAGCACCAAAGCCUGUGUCCCUUCUUAGCUGCUGCUUCUGCUGCACCUCAGGAGGAGGUGGGGGGCCCCCUGGGGCCCCCAGCAACGGAGACAGAGGAAGAGAGCAAACACUCUCAGGGUCUCCUCUUCAGCCCCAAAGACAUGUUGUAUACAGCCAACACUCAGGGGGGCCCCCAGACUGCACAGGGGGGGGGCCCCCAACCAGCGCACGGGGGGCACCCGCCCCCCAUUUGCCUCCCUCCCUUCCCUUUGUCACGGCAGUGUAGCGAGACAACAAAGCCCUGUUUGCUGCUAAGCAGCAGUAGCUGCAUGCAGCAGCAGCAACCCCACACAGCGUCUUACUUUGAGAUGGAUAUAUCGCAGCUGUUGCGUCCUGUCUCUGCAUGCGGGGCGAGCGGAGGGGUAGGGGGCCCCGGGGGUCUCCUCAGGGCCCCUUUAGAGACAGGAGAGACAGGAGACAAAGGAGACAACGGAGACACCUGCUGCGCUGCCAACGAUCUCUCUCCCCCAAGGGCCUUCUCUCGCAGGGCCCAUCAGAUGGGGCUACCCUGUCUCUGGCGGGGACUCAAGCAAGAAGAAAAUGCAGUAGCAGAAGACACUCAGGGGCCCCUCAUGUCAACAACAACAGCAGCAGCAGCAGCAGCAGCUGCUGCUGCUGCUGCUGCUGCGGCUUCCCCGCCUGGUGAAGGCUUCAUAAGCCACCAAGCAAAGAGACCCGUGGGCAAGAGGGCAGAGGCACAAGCAGCAGCCCCACAGGCAGCACCUGCUGCUGCUGUCUCCUCAGGCAUGCUGCAGUUGGAGACACUUCGCUGGGGCUCCAGCAGCAGCAGCCUUCGAGAUCCGAUCCCGGAAGAGACAGCUCCCAACACCACAGGAGGUUUUGGUGCUGCUGUGGGGCAGAGGUGGGGGGAGUCAGGCGCUGCUGUUGCUGCUCGGGCCUGGCUGUCUCCGUGCGGGGGAGAAGAUAGCACCAAACCUGCAGCAUCUGCUGCAGCAGCUGCUGCUGCAGCAGAUGCAGCAGCAGCAGCAGCAGCAGCAGAUGCUGCCUCUCCACACACCAUUCCUAGAGCGGGUCCUGGAGCAAUCUGCCGCAGAACAUCGAUAGUCUUGAAGGAAUGCAAUGCAGAAGAAACCAACACCCACCCAAGCACGCAGUGCAGCAGCAGCAGCAGCAGCAGCGGCGGCAGCAACAGCAACAGCUGCAGAAACUGGCAUUCCAGCAGCACAAACCCCCAAUCUCUGGCAAUGGACAUCUGGAACACUCCUCUUGUUUCUGCAUUGAGACGACAAGGAAGCAGAAGCAGCAACAGCAACGGCAGGAGCAGCAGCAACAACAACAGCAACAUCAGCGGCAGCAGCAGUAGCAACUGCAUGCAGAACGCCGCAGGGCUCUUCGCCUCUCACCGCUCUCUCUCUGCUGAUUCCACGAGGCGGCGAGCCUUCAGCAGCGGGCCAAGGGAGACAUCAGCAGCAAUUCAGGAGCAGCAGCAGCAGCAGCAGCAGCACGAAAACACAAGCAGCAGUAUUAGCACCAGCAGCAGCAGCAGCAGCUCACGCACACGCUCCUCAGGAGCUCCUGCCUUUCGUAUAUCAAACGCGCAUGCAGCAGACGCGCAGCACUUCCUCCAACUCCCAGGACAGCAACAGGCUGCUGGGACGCCCCCAAAGCAGCAGCAGCAGCAGCAGCAGCAGGACCCUCAGCACCAGCCCCACGCCACCUCUUCCCAAACUCUUCAAGCAGCAGGAGCCCCGCCGCUCCCCCUUCUCCUCUUUCGCAGCCCCCACCAGCAGCAGGUGCAACAUGAGCAGCAGCAGCAGCAGCAUCACCGAACAGAGCAGCAGGAAGGAGCAGCAGCGGCAGCUCUGCUUCCAUACGAAGCAGACAUGCUGACUGGAGAUGCGGAGAUGAGCGGGAGGGGAGCUCCGGGCUUGAAGAAUGAGGUGCAGCUGCAGCAGCAGCAGCAGCAGCAGGAGCUCGAGCAGCAGCAGCAGGAAGAGAGUCUCGGAGCAGGCCCUGUUCAAGAAGCAGCAAUUAGCAGCAACUCCCCUUCGCCCCACACGAAGGCCGAUGCCCCUUCGGCUGUCUCCGAUCCCACUGUGGCUCUCCUCCUUGCACAAAUCGAAGACAUAACGAGGCAGCUGCCUCCGCGUAUUAUAGAGGCCUUCUGGGCUUCUCUUGCCAGCGCCCGCGCUAAGGCCGCCGCUGCACCUGCAGCAACGACAGAACCCUCUUCAGCAGCAGCAGCUGCAGCAGCUGCAGCAGAAGCUGCAGGAACAGCAGGAGCAGCAGGAGCAGCCGACGGAGCCUCGUCUUCAACAACAGAAGCAGCAGCAGCAGGUGGAGCAGCUGCAGCAGCAACUCCAAACCGCCCCACAGAUGCAGCGCAAGCGCUGUGGGGCCCCUCUUCUCCGUCUUCUAGCAGUGGGGCCCUCAGCUUUGCUGAAGGCUCUUUGAAGUCAGUUUAG